CCCCACUCCCCAACCCUUCUCUAUUCUAUUCUUCUCCUCCUCAACCACCACCAUGCGCUCCUCCGCUCAGCCCCAAAACGGCGGCGAAAACUACCCAAUCCACCACCCUAACUUCCACUCCACCGUCUCCCUCCGCAAGCUCCGCCGCUUCAACUACCUCAUCCUCCUCUUCCGCAUCGCCGCCUUCAGCUCCUCCCUCGCCUCCUUCGUCUUCAUGCUCUCCACCUCCCGCUCCUCCUCCGCCCCCUCCUCUCCUCGCUGGUACCACUUCGACGCCUUCAGAUUGGUGGUGGGAGCGAACGCGAUAGUGGCGGUAUACUCCCUCUUCGAAAUGGUGGCCUCAGUUUGGGAGAUUUCCAGAGGCGCCACGCUCUUCAGCGAGGUGUUACAAGUCUGGUUCGACUUCGGCCAUGACCAGGUGUUCGCGUACCUGCUGCUCUCUGCGGACUCGGCGGGAACGGCGCUGGCGAGGGUUUUGAAAGGGAUGGACACGUGUACGGAGUGGAGCGCGUUCUGCAUAGAGACGGACAUUGCGAUUUCGUUGGGGUUUGUCGGGUUUUUGUUCCUGGGCUUUUCGUCCGUGCUCUCGGGUUUUCGGGUCGCCUGCUUCGUAAUAAAGGGUUCUCGUUUUCAUCUCUAG